AUGCUUCUACGUAGUUUCCCGGAAAAGUGGUCGCCCGGCCCAUGGCCUCGGACUGUGGCCGUCUUCAGGACUUACAGCCUCCACGCGCAGCGCCUCCUCCGCCGACUCCCACUCCGAUUCAUACUCCUCGUGUUCCUCCUCGCCAUUACGGAAUCCUAUCUUCACCGUCGUUCCUUUUCCGUCCACCGUCCAUCGACUCCCCUCGAUCCCCCCUUCGCAACCUCUUGCCGCGAGCCCGACCUGUCCGCCCCGCGCGAAAAUGCCGUGUUCGUGAUGAUGGCGCGGAACUCGGAGCGCGAGCAGGCGCAGCACACCAUCAUAUCCCUCGAGCAGCACUUCAAUCGGUGGUUCACGUAUCCCAUCAUCUUCUUCAACGACGAAGAGUGGGAGCAAGAAUUCAUCGACACCAUACGGGGGUCCACGUCCGCCAACGUCAGUUUCGAAGUCAUCCCGCCCGAGGUAUGGGGGUUUCCCGAGGGCAUGGACGCCGACGCGGCGCGCGCAGCGAUAAAAGAGCAGGAGGAGAGAAAGGUCUUUCACGGCGGGGAGGAGGGGUAUCACCCCAUGUGCCGCUUCUACUCGGGCGAGCGCGGGAGUUCCACCAACACUCUCAACUUGGGGGGGGGGGGGGGGGGUUCAGUUUCGAGAAGCCGUCCGUUUCGUGCCCCUUCGCUCCCCUUGCUCCCCUCGCUCCCCUCGCCCCCAUUCGACUGCACAGGAACUCGCUAA